UCAUUCGUCUGUAGAUAAACGUUCGCGAUUUUAUCACGACGCAGACAGUGUCUCAUGUUUUUCCUUAAUAAUACGUGUAAUGAAUUGGACAAAGUGAUCGAACAUACUAAUUAAAUUCUACCAAAUAAGACCGUACUCUAGUCCUCUAGCAUAUACUCGUGUAGUGAUGGUGUGAAUAGUUUUUUUUGCAAGAAGUGACGGCGCCAGAAUGUCUGACGAGCCUGAAGCUAGGAUGUGGGACGAGGGCAGCUCCAGAUACGACCCGGGAGACCACGGAGUGUAUUUCGAAUCGGCCUUUGCUUCCUCUGAGCACUUGGACAGAGCGCCUUUGCUCUCUGAGGAGACGUACACAGACAUCCCGGUGGGGCGGAGCCCUACUGCCAUCCACUGCCAUUGGAACUCGCACUCGGAGCCCCGGAGCGCCGUGCGACAACUACUACUAGCGCUCGUACUAUGUGGACUGUUCAUGAUAGCAGAAGUGAUUGGCGGGUUUCUAGCGGGCAGCCUCUCCGUAAUGUGCGACGCUGCCCACAUGCUGAGCGACUGUGGGGGCUUCGGCCUCGCUCUACUCGCCUUCCACUGCGCCAAGCGGCAACCGGACUUGCACAUGUCCUAUGGGUACAAACGCGCUGAGGUCCUCGGCGCGAUGGUGUCUGUCCUCCUAAUCUGGAUCCUGACCGGCAUAUUCGUGUACGUCGCCGCCAUCCGGAUACACUCGCGCGACUUCGACAUCGAGCCGGACGCUAUGAUGGUUGUGUCCGGGUGCGGGGUCAUCUUCAACAUCAUACUCGCUGUUGUGCUACAUGGGUGCUCCGGCAUCGCGCACCACCACACGCACGGCGGCGCAGCGUGCACACACGCGCACACGCACGCACACACGCCCCGCUCGCGCUUCGGCGUGUUCCGUCGCGACAAGGAAAAUGGCGCCAUAGUUAAUGGAGACUACUCUGUAAAUGGGGAUUAUUCUAUGACGGAGUUGGGCGCGACGCGAGUAGAAGGGGGCGGCGACAGGAACAUAAAUUUGCGUGCGGCCCUCAUCCACGUGAUCGGAGACCUGAUCCAGAGUUGCGGGGUCCUCUUAGCUUCGGUGCUCAUCAAGUUUUACCCGGAAGCGAAGAUAGUGGACCCGAUCUGCACGUUCGUGUUCUCUGUGCUCGUGCUGCUGACGUCAGCGCGCGUCGUGCGCGACGCACUGGCGAUGCUCAUGCAGGCUGUGCCCAGAGACUUCCGCUACCGCGAGUUCGUGCAGGCCUUGUCGAGCGUGAGCGGCGUGCGGCACGUGCACUCCGUGCACGCGUGGGCGCUCUCCACGCACCACGUCGUCGUGUCGGCACACGUCGCUAUAGACGAGCUGACAGACUCCGAAGCGGUGCUGCACGCGUGUCAACAGCUGGCACAGGAGUACAACGCUAGGGCUGGGACGUUCCAGGUGGAGCGUUACUCGAGCGCCAUGCUGGCGUGCGGCGACUGCAGGCAGCCCGGACACGUGCCCUGACAUCUAACCACGCUCACACACUAGCCGAGCCAGGAAUCAACGGACAGCUCAAGUACUGAAACACCUGAAGUAUAAAAAACACAGAAACAUAGGAUAAGUAUUAAAACUAAAUUAAAUUUUGCCAAUAGUAUGGACAAUUAGCAAAUUCACAAAAAUGGCGCUGGCGUCGCAUGAUAUUUAUAUUUAAUUGACAUGAAAAUAAUAUAAACAAGACGUAAAUGUUAUAAUAAUUAAGUAGCUAUAAGUAUUGUUAUGAUUUGAGUUGUAUUUGUACGUAAAAGUGUUUCAUAGAAUGUUUAAAUUAGUUACCAAUUCGCUGGUAGAUGGCGCCAUGAUGCAAGAUAGAUCGCGCUGUUAAGAUUUUUCCUGAGUUGAUGUGGUUGCCGCCAUACUGUUUCCUAGUUACUCUGGUUUCCCUUCAAAACGUAUAAAUCUUUCGCCUUUUACUAAAGAUUUCCGUGGAGGGGGUCACUCAAAUGAGUCUAAUUCUAUUUUUUGAUGCCUUGCUUCUAGCAGGGCUUGUAAAUUUA